UGAGUUACAUCUUUAAAAGUUCAGACUGCGUUGAUGACAGUUUUAGUAAAUUUUAGUAAAACGAAGGAGAGCCCAUACUGACUCGGAUAAGCCAUGAGUCAAUGCCCGUACUUUGAGAAGAGGCAUUUGUUAUUCAAAAACAAACCUAUUGAAGAAAAAGACGAUGCCUCACAGGCAGGGGUAAACAAGGCCAGUAAAGGAGGAAUCAUCUAUGGAGACUACCUGCAGCUGGACAAAAUAACCUCAGCUCAGGUGUUGCAAAGUGAACUGAAAGGCAAUAAGAUCCAUGAUGAGCAUCUUUUCAUUGUCACCCAUCAAGCCUAUGAACUGUGGUUCAAACAGAUUCUAUUUGAGCUCGAUUCAGUGCGGGAGAUCUUCGUCAGCGGGCAUGUCAGAGAUGAACGCAACAUGCUCAAAGUCAACACUCGGAUCCACAGGAUCGUAAUGAUCUUUAGACUGUUGGCCGAACAAUUCGCAGUUCUGGAAACAAUGACAGCCCUGGAUUUUUUUGACUUCAGGGAGUACCUGUCUCCCGCCUCUGGGUUCCAAAGCCUUCAGUUUCGGCUUCUUGAGAACAAAAUCGGGGUGCCAGACAACAUGAGGGUUCCUUACAACAGACGUCAUUACAGGGACAACUUUAAGGGACAUGAUAGUGAGAUGCUUCUAGAGACAGAACAAGAGCCAACGCUUCUGAAGCUGGUUGAGGAGUGGCUGGAGAGAACGCCUGGCUUGGAAGAGGAUGGAUUCAAUUUCUGGAAAAGGCUGAAAGUAAAUAUAUUUGAUGGGCUGAAUCUCGAGGAGAAGAAAAUCGAGAAAAUGCCAGAGUCGGAGGAGAAAGACGAACUGAUGGCUGAGCUCGUCAAACAGAGAGAGCUCUUCACGUCCCUGUUUGAUGAAAAGCGUCAUGACCACCUGGUCAGCAAAGGAGAAAGGCGGCUGUCGUACAAAGCUUUACAAGGCGCUCUGAUGAUCUACUUCUAUAGGGAAGAGCCAAGGUUCCAGGUUCCGUUCCAGCUGCUCACAUCCCUCAUGGACAUCGACACCCUCAUGACAAAAUGGAGAUACAACCAUGUGUGCAUGGUACAUCGAAUGAUUGGCAGCAAAGCAGGCACAGGGGGCUCAUCUGGCUACCAGUACUUAAGAUCCACUGUCAGUGACCGCUACAAAGUGUUUGUGGAUCUGUUUAACCUGGCCACAUUCCUGGUGCCUCGUCACUGGGUGCCCAAACUGAACCCCAACGUUCACACCUUCCUGUACAUGGCUGAGUGCUGCGACAGCUCCUACUGCAGCAGCGAGGACUCGGACUAGGAGAGCAACUCCGCCGUCUGUUCUGGCUUCUCAUCGCUGUGACAAAUGUCAUAGCCAUGAAUUAUUUGCCCAGUGUGUAGGUGUAGAGCAGCCUCCUUGUUGGGCCAAUAGAUGCAAGAGUCAGAGUAACACUUUGACAUAAAAUAUAUCCAACUUUACUCAAGUCAAGCCAAGUCGAGUUUAUUUAUAUAGCGCUUUUCAGCAACAAGGCACUCAAAGCGCCCAAUAAACACUGUAGUAAACUUCAUGUAAGAAAAUAAAAUGAUGAAUUUUAAUAUUUUUUACCAGGUGAUUUCCUGGAUGUAUAAAGAAAAGCUUAAAGAGCAUAAUUAGGCUUAUAAAUACUAAAGUUUAACAAGUGUAAGAAAUAAACCAUAAAAAUAAAAAUAAUUUCAGUUGCAGGGCUUGUGACAUAAUGUCUGACAUUAAAUAUUUCCCGAUGCCGUAUCAAGCCAUUUUACUUUAAUCUUGUCUCUGAGUCACAAAGUGCCGCAGACGGCUGCUUGAGAAGACCUGCUUAGAUGUUGCCUCAAUAACUCUAUGUAAAUGAAAAGGAACUAACCUGGAGACAAGCAGAUCAUUGGGUGGAAUGAUCAAACCUUGCACAAAGGGACAAUGCUGCUGGGAUUUUAAAUAACGGCUUUCAUAUCGGACUGUCACAGUGGGCCACUUCAGACAACGGAGAUGCACCUUAAGUGGAAGAAAGUGUAAAUAAGAUGAAAUCUGAAGCAUAAAAAUGUCAACGUGUAAAGCAGGAAGAUUCGCACUGCUUAAAUAUACAUAAUGUUAAUGAUGUAGAUCUUUUAGAAAUAUUUUGUAAAGUAUUCUACAUAAUUUUGGAAUGUAUUUAUGGACUAAUUAAUGAGAUUUUUGUAUAGAAGAAUUAUAAAUCCUGAUAUAUGUUAUGUAUUUAAUAAGAUGUCUAUUUUGUACAGUGAAAAUACUUGAAAUGUGUUGCAGUUUGUUGCUCUGUUACAAUGCCACAUUUGCAAACAUAUGAAGGGAUUUAUUUGUUUUAGUGACACAAGAUGGCUACAUUUUAAUAAAAGCAUUAUCCACAGUGA